UUCGAUUACAAUUAGUAAGCGAUCUACUCGCCUUUCACCUUCACAUCAAGACGAUGGCUUCAGAUGAAGUUCCGUCACCUACAUCGAUCUUAUUUGCGCGUGGCCUUCUAGCCCGCCUUGCGCUCUGGCCAGCUCUUCGAAUCGCUGUGCACCAAAACUGGGGAGGUCCGCAAAGCGCACAAAAACAGCGCUGGCUAGCGGGUGUCAUCACAGAUGAAUUCGAAGCAUCACUUCCACCAUUAUCUACUUCAUUCACAACUCUCAAUUCAGCCCCCAUACAUCCGUCACACACGCUCCCUGAACCUGACACUGAAUAUAUAGAAGCGAUGCUGCUCCAGAUCAUGGAUGACGAGUUUGAGGUUGCACUCGAGGAUGGAAGCGCGUUUGACGUUGCUAGAGAUGCCGUGCGUUUGUGGGGCGAUGCGAAGGAGGGUAGGGACGGAUAUGUUAAGGACUUGGAGAUGCAAGCAGAACGAAUGAAAGGAAAAAUGCCUCAAUAUGAAGUUGAUGCAGGGAGUGGAAGUGAUUGGGAGGAUAGCGAUGGUGACGAGGACGAGAGUGGAAGCGAUGGCGAAGAUUACGGGAACGAUGUUGUUCCACAGCUGCUCAACCAUGCAAAAGAGGUACCAGAUACUGACGAGGAUGGCUUUACCAUUGUGAAAAGGAAGGGAGGCAAAUAAUAUGAUACCAAGUGUACCGUAUCGACUCACAAACGCCUAAUCACUAUCUGAAGAAUCGUCACC